CCUGUUCCGUCAUUUCCGGCCGUCUCAAACUUGGACUUGUCUUUUCUUCCCUUCGGUUGAGGAUGCGGCAGCGGGGGUCCGUGUGAAGAGUGAAUGUACCCCCCCCCCCGCUGGAUCGGUGGCAACGGCAACUAUGGUGACAUUAUUCAGGACAUGAGAAGAAUACUGACCAAAGCACUGGGAGAUCUCCAGAUGAUGGCCUUGGCUUAACAUCUCAUCCGAAAGACAGAAUGUCUGACAGUGCAACUCUCCUUCAGUGUUACAGUCAAGUGUCUGCCUAUAUCAUAUGCUCAAGCCCUGGAAUGUGAUUUGAACUUGUGACCUGCUGACUCAGAGGAGAGCAGAUGAGUAGCUCGGUGAUCUGAGUGAAGCCCCUGUCCAUUUGAUCUCCAAACCUGCCCGAGGCAGUGAAGAUGGGUUGAAGCCAAAGUUUGCACAACUCCAAUAUGAGUGUCCCUGCAAGAUGCUAUUAUUCUGAUGCUCUGUGCAAUGGGCAUCAAGGUAUAUUGUCACAUGGCCAUAUGGAGAGAAAGGACUUUAAUGCAUGGCUUGAAACCCUCUCCAGCACAUUUAUCGCCCUGACAGAGACGCAGAAAAAUGAGACCCUGGACCACCUGAUCAGCUUGAGUGGGGCUGUCCAGUUGAGGCACCUCUCCAACAAUCUGGAAACACUUCUGAAACGAGACUUCCUCAAACUGCUUCCACUAGAGCUUAGUUUUUAUCUGUUGAAAUGGCUUGACCCAUCAACCCUACUCAAUUGCUGCCUAGUCUGUAAGCAGUGGAAUAAGGUGAUAAGUGCCUGUACUGAAGUUUGGCAGGAGGCCUGUCAAAGCUUAGGAUGGCAAAUUGACGAUACAAUUCAGGACACUCUGCACUGGAAGAAGAUUUAUCUGAAGGCAGUUAGAAGGAUAAAACAACUACAGGACAAAGAAGCCUUUGAGACCUCCUCUUUGAUUGGCCACAGCGCUAGAGUGUAUGCUCUUUAUUAUAAAGAUGGAUUGUUGUGCACAGGCUCUGAUGAUUUAUCUGCCAAACUCUGGGAUGUUUGUACUGGUCAGUGUAUAUAUGGGAUCCAGACUCACACAUGUGCGACAGUAAAGUUUGAUGAGCAGAAACUAGUUACAGGAUCAUUUGAUAACACAAUAGCCUGCUGGGACUGGAGCUCAGGAGCCAAAACCCAAAACUUCCGAGGUCAUACAGGAGCAGUUUUCAGUGUUGAUUAUAGUGAUGAGCUAGAUACCCUGGUCAGUGGGUCUGCAGAUUUCACUGUGAAGGUCUGGUCAUUGUCAACAGGUAUCUGCCUGAAUACACUCACUGAACACACUGAAUGGGUGACUAAGGUGGUUUUACAGGUCAGCCAGGUUGAAUCCGUGAUGCACAAUCCAGGGGACUAUAUUCUAUUAAGCGCUGAUAAAUAUGAAAUCAAGGUUUGGCCAAUUGGAAGAGAGGUCAACUGCAAGUGUUUGAAGACUCUUGCUGUGUCAAAUGACCGAAGCAUAUGCCUCCAACCAAGACUGCAAUUUGAUGGCAAGCAUAUUGUUUGCGCCUCUGAUCUAGGGUUGUACCAGUGGGACUUUGCGAGUUACGAUAUUAUCAGAGUUAUUAGAACUCCUGAUUCUACAAAUCUUUCCUUGCUGAGCCUGGGAGAGGUCUUUGCUCUGCUGUUUGAUAGCCAUUAUCUGUACAUAAUGGACCUAAGGACAGAGAAACUAGUUGGUCGCUGGCCUCUACCCGCAUACAGGAAAUCCAAGAGAGGGUCAAGUUUCUUGGCGGGGGAGACGGCGUGGCUAAAUGGACUCAAUGGCACGAACGACACAGGCCUGGUUUUUGCCACAAGCAUGCCAGACCAUAGUAUUCAUUUGGUCCUGUGGAAGGAGAACGGAUGAAGAAAAAUACUAAAACUGUAGGGCAUGAACUGCUUGUGCUGCUGUUUCUGGGGAUACAUCUGAGAAUGCAAAACUUUGCAUCAACCAAAGUCGUGCAGACCUGGCAUUCUCGUGUGUACAGUACGGUUAAUUGCCUUUAUUUUUUUUAAAAAUGUCAAAUGAAACCAGCAUGUUGAAAAUUAUUUUUACAGCUUAAAUCCGUUUGCUUGCAAAUUGAUGUACCAAUACAGGGACGGGGAAGGAAAAAAAACAGUAAUAUCUGUUUAAUUUUACGUGGCACUGUUUAGAAAUUUAUUAUGAGCCAAGGGUUGAAAAUUAUGCUUGACAAGCACAUUUCAAUGUAAUUCAAUCUAUUGUUUGCAGUAUUCUGAACAUUCCCUGAAUGCCUUCAUUUCUUCUGCACCUGACAGUAUGGAACACCUUACUUUUUUAUAUAUAAAUAUUUCCAUUCAGGACUUUGCCUUAAUGCUUUUAGUAGUGGUUGCUCUCAAAGAAUAUGUUUAUAGAACAUAAGUAGGUACUUUAAAUUUGUCCACAUUUUAUAUUUUGGUAUAGUCAGUAUUUACAAUGAUAUUUUUAUUGAAAUUUGCCCAUGUUGUCACAGUUGUUAAUUAUCUUCAAUAUAUUCUUUCUGAAAAAAUAA